UCUUUCUGAUCUUGCAAUUUACCAGGUACAAUUAGACUGGUCCUGUCCUAAAGAACGGGAUUAAGGACUUUACGCAACAGGACGGGGAGCCGUGGGACGACGGCAAUUGGAGUUAAGCCCCGCCCACUUUCACUCUGCGCAUGCCUGAUUGCUCUUACAGCCGCCGUCCUAACUUUUCUAGAACGUGAAAGUUUGGAGUUUUCCGUCGACUGUGGAGGCGAAGAUGGCUUCUCAAAAAAUUACGAUGAAAUGGAAUGAUGAGAAGGAUAUCAUUAUGUUGAGGAAGAUUAUGGUACGAGACCCAUUUCAAUUUAAAGCGAGGACCCAACAAAGGGGUAAUGUAUGGAAGGAAAUUGCGGCAGAACUUCAAAGGUGCCCUGCAAUGAAUUUCCAAGGAGAUGCUAGAGCAAUUAGGGACCGCUGGAACAUUUUAAAAUAUAAAGGUCUUAAAAACAAAAUAAGGAAAAAAAGGCUUAGUAGUGGAGUAAGUCCAGAGCACACAGAAGGAGUUAAGUUGAUUGAAGACUUAAUUAAUAAGGAAAGAGAUGUGGAAGCCACCAAAGAGGAAAAGGAAGAAGCCAAGAAGGUUAGUGAUGGAAAUGAAAUGAGGAAAUGGAGUCUCGAAACCUUUAGAGAAACAAAAAAAAGGGUAGAUAAAACUGGUGGAGAAGGAAGUAGAAAAAAGUGGAGGGGAAACCAUAACAUAUUUAAAAGAGAGAGCAGAGAAGGAGAUUGAGUACAGAAGAGAAGAAAUGGAAGAAAAGAGUAAAGAAAUGAAACAACAACACAUAGCUGAUUUGUUGCAACAGCAGAUGGAACUGUCUAGGCAACAAAUGCAUCAGCAGAAUGAGCAGAUGAUGUUUAUGUUAAUGGAAUGUAUUAAAAAAUAAUUCUUUAAUAACCAAGUCAUUAUAGUUCAAACAACUUUAUUGUAUGUGAUUGUUACUCAACAAAUUUAAAAUAGUUAAUAUAUAAUACUCGCGUAUAAGGCGUCUCCCGAGUUUGAGAAUGUUUUUUGGAAGAUUUGUGUAUGUCGGAUAUGUAAGACACCCCCAUUUUAACAAAUACUUGUUGCUGUUCUAUAAGGUCUUGAUAAUGCAUAUAGAUAGCAAAACACAGAUCCAAAUGUAGGCCAAUUAUUUUUUUUAACUUCAUUUUAUUUAUAUAUAUAUAUAUAUAGUCGAGUUUAUUGUUUGAGACUUUUUUUUUAUUCCUUGUUUUGCGAACUUAUCAUUUAAAACAUCAUCAGAGAAGGGCGGAAUAAAAAUAAUAUUUUGUUUUCUUACUCAGCAUAUCUGUUUCUUAAAUUUCAAAUUGUUGUGGUGGUGGGUGCGCUAAUUGGCCAAUAAUAAUAUUUUAUUUUUAUUACAAAUCAUCAAUAUUUGCAGAUAGCAGAUUCG